AUGGCGACGAAGCCGGCGAGCUCUUCCAAGGAGAUGAUGAAGAACAAGAACGUGGCCGGUGGCCCGCUGAGCGCACACUCCAAGGAUCCUCCGGUCGGCUUUUUCCGUGACGGCUACUGCAGGACUGGUCCUGAGGACAAGGGCAAUCACUCGAUAGCGGCAACAGUAAACCAAGAGUUUCUGGAUUUCACAAACUCCAGAGGGAACAACUUGAGAGACGCGGGAGUCAAAGACGGAAUGAAGUGGUGCCUCUGCGCUCACCGCUGGAAAGAAGCUUUCGACGCUGCACAAAAGGGGCAAUUAUCGCAAUCGGCUGUACCAAAGGUCGCGUUGCAUGCUUCACACGAGGAUGCGCUGAAGGAAGUCAAGUACGGCGACCUGAGCAAAUAUGCUUCUGGUGGAGAUGCGGCGAAAGAGGGGACCCGGAACAGACAGGGCGCCCAUACAGACCCGGAGCAGCCUUCGCAUGGCGUCGCCAAGGAGUCAAGUGACUUAAAGGGCCAGUCGCAGCCUCAAAAGUCUGGAGGGUGA